AUGUUAGAAGGGUUGCCUAAUGAAUAUGAUAUCAUUGUUGUUGGAACAGGAAUAGUCGAAAGUGUUCUUGCAGCUGCUUGUGCUCGUAUUGGAAAAACUGUACUUCAUAUUGACACAAAUGAAUAUUAUGGUUCUGAAUGGGCAUCAUUUUCAUUGAAUGGUUUAAUUGAAUGGACUCAAAUACAGGAAAAUCCUGUGACAACUAUUAGUCCACAAGAUGAUAAUGAAAGAAUUAUGCCAAUUAGUAAUCCAUUAAAGGUUUUUCGUAAUAUACAACUUAAAUGGAAUAUUGAAAAAACUAAUGAACAAUCAUUAACCGAUGAAAAUGAUACUUCAAAAAUGACAUUAGAUGUAUUGGAAAAACAAUCAAGAAAAUUUAAUAUUGAUUUGACACCGAAACUUUAUUAUGCAACUGGUGGUCUUAUUGAUCUUCUUGUUCAAUCAAAUGUGGGUAAAUAUUGUGAAUUCAAACUUGUUUCUCGUCUUUUACUUGAACGUAAUGGACAACUUGAUAAUGUACCAAGUUCACGAGCAGAUAUAUUUAAUUCAAAUGAUAUUAGUCUUAUUGAUAAACGUUUAUUAAUGAAAGUUAUACUAAAUUGUUCAGCGAUGACAAUCGAAGAUUUAAAUGAAGAUGAAAACAUUCCAUUUAUUGAAUAUUUAAAAAAACAAAAAUUAAAUGAUACACUUUGUCAUUUAAUUCUUAAUUCAAUAUCUAUGGUUGAUUAUAAUGCAACAACAAAAGAAGGUGUAAUUAAAGCAAAACGAUAUUUAGAUUCCAUAGGACGUUAUGGUAAUUCACCAUUUCUUUAUCCGCUCUAUGGAAAUGGUGAAAUGAGUCAAUGUUUUUGUCGUUUAUGUGCUGUUUUUGGUGGUACUUAUUUUCUACGUUUUCCAUUAGCUGGUUUUACAAUUGAUUCAUCAACUAAUCAAUGUUCUGGUGUUGUAGCAACAACAGGAGAAAGAUUUCAUGCUAAAGAUGCUGUUAUUUGUAAUAAUGCAUUUAUGGAAUCUAUAUCAUCAAAUAGAAAUGUUAUUCAUCGCAUGGUUUUAUUUACAAAUGAGUCAAUUAAAUCAAGUGAAAAAGAUGAAAUAACAUAUCUUCGUCUUAGUGGACCAAAUGAAUUCGGCAUUCAUGUAAUUGAAGUUGGUAGUGGAUCAGGAUGUACACCAGAUGGAUUUUUUCUUUUAUAUAUUUAUCAAGAAAAACCUCAGGAAGAUAUUAAUCAAAUCGUUGAACGAUUGUUGAAUUUAACAGGAGACAACUUUAGUCGGGCUAAUAUUCUUGGACAAUUAUCUUUUGAUCAAGUAGAAACACUAUCGACAUCAACAUCAUCACCAGUUUUGAAACUUUUACUUACUCAUGGACCGGAUGGUUCUAUUGAUCAUGAUAGUGCUGUGAAUACGGCUCGAAAUAUUUUUCAUCAAAUAUAUUCAAAUGGUGAAGAAUUUUUAGCACGUGCACCUGAUCCAGAAGAUAUCAUUAUUGAAGAUGAUGGUGAUACAAAUGACACUUCUACCAUAAAUACAAACACUGAAAAUGAAAUUUUAUGA